UGUGUUGUAUUCAUGCAUGCUGAGGCCAUACACACAUACAAUGAGUUGUAGGGGUGGAAUAGGAGCCAUUUUCAAGAGAUUCAAGCCACACCUUCUCAUGGUUUUCACUCAAUUUGCCUACAUAUUCCUUUACUUCUUCACAGAAGCUUCUUUCAAACAUGGAAUGAAUCCUCAUGUCUAUGUGACCUACAGACACUUUGUAGCUGGUGUGUUCAUGUUUCCUUUUGCUUAUUUCCUUGAGAAAAAAAUGAGGCCAAAGCUCACAAUGGCUUUGUUUCUGGAGAUAUCUGUACUCUCUUUUCUUGGGGUCAGCUUAUCACUAAACAUGUAUUUUGUGAGCUUAAGAUACACCUCUCCAAUGUUCGUGACGUCUAUGAUCAACACCAUUGCUUCAUUGACAUUUUUAUUUUCAGUCCUUCUCAGAUUGGAGCGUCUGGAUAGGAGCACUCGUGGGAUGGCAAAGAUUGUUGGGACCCUGGUUUCACUGGCGGGUGUGACGGUCAUGACACUCUAUAAAGGACCUGUUUUGAGGAAUUUAGGGGAUGCUCUUAUUCACGUCCAAGGAAGUACUACCAUCCAUGAAAGUUGGAUCAAGGGACCCAUUCUUACAGUUGCAUUCUGCGUCUCAUGUGCUCUAUGGUAUAUCAUGCAGGCAAUCACAUUGAAGAAAUACCCGGCUCAGCUUUCACUAACAACGUGGAUGAGCUUAGUUGGUGGGGCCCAAUCAGCUGUUUUCACGGCAUGCAUGGUACACAAACCCAAGGCGUGGACCGUUGGAUUCAACAUCGACCUCUGGAAUAUCCUAUAUUGUGGAGUGGUAGUCUCUGGUUUAGUAUUCUACAUACAACUAUGGUGCAAUAAAGAAAAAGGACCUGUGUUUGUAACCUUGUUCAACCCUCUUGGAACCAUGUUCGUCGCAUUACUAGCAUACUUUGUUCUUGGUGAAAAACUACACGCAGGAAGCAUAAUAGGAGGUGUUAUUGUCAUCAUUGGACUCUACUUGCUGUUGUGGGGCAAAGAAGGAGAUCAUGUGAACCAGAUCAAGUCUCAAGAGCCAUCCUCCUUGUCUUGUGAAGAACCAAAGGAAGGAACCCAAGACAAAAGCAUUCACUUAGGUGGAGAGAGAGAACUUGAAGAGAUCCCUGGAGGUCUAAAUGCUUGUACUGUAAGAGAAAAGGAUUGAAAUGUACAUGAUAAUUGAUCAUCUGUAGCAAGUGGCAUCAUAACUUGCAAUGCAGGCAUGUCUUUGCUGCCGACAUGCCACUUGCAUUGGACACCAGUGCUAUCCUAUUGAUGGACCUCAUCAUAAAGAUCUCUUAUAUCUAAAAAUCAAUUAUAAUCUAUUAUAA